UUUUUUUUUUUUUUUUUGACUUUUAAAAAAUUCAGUGGUGGAAAGUAACUAAUUUUAAGGCGGUUCAACUUUAUUAAGUGAAUAUUACUUUAUGCUUCAAACCCAUCAUUGGUGGAGGAAGUGUUCAGAAUGUUCAUUUGAGUAAAAGUAACUUUAGAACAGUGCAGAAAUACUCCAUUACAGGAGACCUGCAUUCAAAAUAGUUACUAAAAAUACAGACGCAUCAGUAAAACGUACUUAAAGAAUCAAAAGUAAAGGUAGCCUGCAUAAUGAAUGAAAAUUACCACUGUAUUACUGUUUGUAACCUACAUUGCAUUACUGACUCAGUAUUAUUGAUGCAUUAAUGUGUGAGUGUAUGUAUAUGUAAUGUAACUGGUCAGUGUAAAGCUGUUUAAUCUACCUCAGUGAUUGCAAUUUUAUAAGCCUGCCAUGUGUCUCCUGUGUAAAAUCAGAAACCACAUGUGUGUUAUGUCAUAUAAAGCACAUUUCCCUCUGUAAUAGUUAGAGUAUACAGCAGCAUAAAACACAGGGAAAGCACAGCACCUGAAUACAUGCACCUGGUUACAUUUCACCGCAGAACUCCAUGUUUUAAUGGAAACUAUUAUAUGUUCUUACUCACCAGAUUUAUCUGACUGCCAUAGUUAUUAUUUCUUUUACAGAGGAACGUGUUAGUCACCUACAUUACAUGUGAUUAGCUUACAUGGGUGCAGCAUUAAAAUGCAGCUUACAAUCUGGUGCAUCAAUAAUAUAAUACAAUCAUAACAUAAUACUUUGAAAUGAGCCUUUCUACACAAGUAAAAGUACUUUUACUCUUAGAACUUUACUUUAAGUAUUGAAUGCAGAACCCUUACUUGUCAAAUAUCUUUCCAAGGUUUGUGGUGUUUUUACUUCUGCUUAAGUAAAAUUCUCAGAACACUUCCUCCUCCACUGCUCAAAGCCAAUAACAGUCAGUCAGAUCCGUCGUGAUUUAGACCAGCUUUCUAUCUUUGCGUAUGCUGCCAUCUGGCGGUCAUUCAUGAUGUAACAAGCACAUCGCUGCUGCCUCUCUCCCUCCCUCUCUCUCUCUCCCCCACAAUGUACAAAACUUUUACCAGAAAUAUGUGACACAUGUCAGUGUUGCUGUCUCUCAGGAAAUGUGCACUUCCGUUUUUAGUCAACUCAAGCAAAAAACAUUUUCCAUUUCCAGAUCAGUCUCGCGCGCAACCACCUGUGUUUGAAAAAAGGUGUAGCUCCACAUUAGUAGAAUGCGCGGAAAAAUAUGAAUCUAUUUAUAGCCUCCUUAUCGGCAAACAAACUGAACUCAGCUGCAGCGCUACCCAGCCAGCGGCGCACAGUCAGAGGAGGAGACUUAAUGCUUUCAUUUUCUUACAAGAGAGGCGAGGAAGUGAUUUGGAGUUGAGGGCCGGGCUAAUUCUGCAGUGAAAAGUUCAGCGGCGGAGGGGUUUUGUUGGCUUUUUGAAAGGGGGGAGCCGAUGGAGUUUUCUGAGCACAUCAAGACAGCCAAUGUGGAGGAUGUUGUGCUCCGGCAGCCCCUACACCCGCCGAGCAGAGGCACCCUGUGCAUCACCGGCCACCACCUGCUCUUCUCGGUCAGGGAGGAGGGAAGCUCUCGGCAGGUUUUACUGCUCCUCAGGAACAUCGAUGCCAUUGAGAAAAGUGUGGAAAACCUUUUGGGCUAUUCCAGCCUCUUCUCUAACUCAGGCCGUGGUGAAAGGAUAUUUGGCUCCUCAGGGACAAUAACCAUCAAGUGUAAAGAUCUGCGUGUGCUCCAGCUUGACAUCCCAGGCAUGGAGCAGUGUCUCAACAUUGCACACUCUAUUGAGACCCUGUCCUGCCUGGACUGUGUGUCGGGGAUGUAUCCUUUCUUUUACAGGCCCUCUGAUCUCAGCCUUCAGGACCAGUGGGGUCUUUCAUCCCCUGAAAAGCACUACAGUCAAAUGAAGGAACUCCAUGAAAGGUGGAGGUUGAGCAGUGUGAACAGAGAAUACUCAGUGUGUCCCACGUAUCCCCCAGUUGUUAUCGUGCCUAAGGAUAUAAAUGAUGACAUGCUGCUAAAAGUGGCCAAAUUCAGACAGGGAGGACGCUUCCCCGUGCUCUGUUACUACCACAGGAAGAAUGGCAUGGUAAUCAUGCGCAGUAGUCAGCCACUGACAGGAGCCAAUAGGAAGCGCUGCAGUGAAGAUGAACUCCUCCUCCAGGCUGUGAUUGAUGGCUCAGACAAAGGUUACAUUAUUGACACCCGCUCCAGUCAGCAGGCCCAGCAGGCCCGGAUGACAGGCGGAGGGUUUGAGUCCAAAUCGUGCUACAAACGCUGGAAGAGACUGCACAGACAGAUGGAGAGGAGUAAAGCACUCCAGGAGAGUCUAAUUAAGCUGGUGGAGGCCUGUGGUGAUGAGUCCCAUAAUAUGGACCGUUGGCUCAGUAAGCUUGAGAACUCAAAGUGGCUGUCUCAUGUCCAAACCGCUCUGUCAACUGCUGGCCUGCUGGUAGAGUGUGUGGAGAGGGACGGUCAUUCGGUUCUGGUUCAUGGUUCGGAAGGGACAGAUUCCACUUUGCUCAUCAGCACUCUGGCUCAGCUCAUCAUGGACCCAUGCUGCCGCACACUGGAGGGUUUCCUGGCUCUGCUGGAGAGGGAGUGGGUACAGGCGGGACACCCGUUCCAGCAGCGAUGUGCUCACUCGGCCUACUCCCACGCUCGUCUCCAGCAGGAGUCCCCGGUCUUCCUGCUGCUGCUGGACUGUGUGUGGCAGCUGUGGCGUCAGUUCCCUCUGGCACUGGGAUUCUCUGAGGCGCUGCUCCUGAGGCUGGCGACUGAGGCCUACGCCUCCGACUAUGGCACCUUCCUUGGCAACAACGAUCAGGAAAGGUGUUCUCUGGGAGUGAAAGAGAAGACUCACUGUUUGUUCCAGGCCCUGCUGAGGCCUAAGGAGAGGGAGUAUUACUCUAACCCCCUGUAUGAGCGCACUGAGCUGGCAAUCUGGCCUUCAGUCCACCCUCAGUCCCUGCAGCUCUGGAGAGGCUUUUUUCUGAGGUGGACCCCGCAGGCUCGUCAUCUGGAGGAGGCUCAGGAGGAAAUAAGAAACAUGGUCAUUGAGUGGGGGAAGAUGGCACUCAGCUGAUAACCCUUCCAAUAUGUAUGAUUAUGUAAAGAUGGUGCAUCUGAACAUGUUGAACAUGUUAUAAAGAGGAAUGUUACAAAGUGCAAUGUCUCUGACUGUGAAAGUAUUUCAGUUCUUAACUGUGUGUUUUAAUGUAUUUUUUUUAUUCUUUCAUAAAAGUUGCAUUAGAAAAAACUUAA